UCACGUGAGAAGCUGAUGACAAAAGUCCCCCAGCCCCUCGAAGGACCCCAGAGCGAGCGGCCUCACGCUGCGAUCCGGCGGCGGCGGGGCACUGGCCCUCUCCGCGCCAGGCAGGUGACAGCGCCAGGACACGGCGGCCGCCAGGGCCGGCCCGAUAGCAUUCCCGGCACUCCGAGAGCCCGGCACGCCGGGCGGAGUGCCCUCCGCUCCGCACCCCCACCUGUUGUGAGCACCCCCCUCAAAGCCCCGAGUUUCUCCUGUCCCAAGUGCUUUGGAAACGGUCAACGGCCGGGAAAUGUGACAGUGACAACUACCAUAAAUAUGCAGGAGAGAUGCGGCCAAAGUAGCAGACACGCGGGGCCGGCGCUGGCAGGGGACGGGCAGCUGGAGCCGGGCCCGAGUCGCCGCAGCGGCGCUGCGAAGGCCGGGCGGGCGACGCCGACACCCGCGGGGCACCGAGGCUGCGGCGACGGCGGCAGCGGCAGCGGCGGCGGCGACGGGGACCUCGGACGGGCGGCUGCGCCCCCAGCGGACAGCGGGCAGCGGGCUCUGCUGCCCCCGGGCUCCGCCGCCGACCCUCCCGGCCCAGAGCCCCGCAGGAGGCGCCCGCUGUCCCCAGCCGCGCGACCCGGCCGCAUGGAGCCCGGUGCGGCUCCCCGCUCCGCCGACCCCUCCGCCAGCGCCCGCCACGGCGACGGCAGAAAAAAGAUGGCGGCGGCCGUAGCAGCGGCGGCGGCGGCGGCGGCUGCCUCGCACGCGUCGCUGACGCCAAUGGCGCGCGCCGGCCGGCGGGCUGCGGACGGCGGCGGCGGCGGCUGCCCGGGCGAGGGGCGGGGCGAGGCGGGGAGGGGGCCGGCCGCGGGCGGAGGCCGAGCCGCAGGCUGGCGGGAGGCGGCGGCGGCGACAGCGGCGGGGACGGUUGGCGGCGCGCGGAACAUGGCGGGCGUCGGCGACGCGGCCGGCCCGGGAGAAGGCGGCGCGGGCGUCCAGGCGGAGCAGCCAGACCGCGGUGGCGGAGGACACGGGCCCCCGCCGGCACCUCAGCACACGGAGACGCUGGGCUUCUACGAGAGCGACCGGCGGCGGGAGAGGCGCCGCGGCCGCGCAGAACUUUCAUUGUUGAGGUUCCUCAGUGCUGAACUAACCAGAGGGUACUUCCUCGAACAUAAUGAGGCCAAGUAUACAGAAAGAAGAGAAAGAGUGUACACUUGUAUGCGAAUACCAAGAGAAUUGGAAAAGCUGAUGUUUUUUGGAAUCUUCCUGUGCCUGGAUGCCUUUCUGUAUGUGUUCACUCUGCUUCCUUUAAGAGUUUUUCUGGCACUAUUCAGGCUCCUCACCCUGCCUUGUUAUGGCUUAAGGGACAGACGUUUACUUCAGCCUGCCCAGGUGUGUGACAUUUUGAAGGGUGUCAUUUUGGUAAUUUCCUAUUUCAUGAUGCACUAUGUUGACUACUCGAUGAUGUAUCACCUGAUAAGGGGGCAGUCUGUCAUCAAGCUCUAUAUCAUCUACAACAUGCUUGAGGUAGCCGAUCGGCUGUUUUCAUCAUUUGGACAAGAUAUACUAGAUGCUCUCUACUGGACGGCGACAGAGCCUAAAGAAAGGAAGAGAGCCCACAUCGGGGUGAUUCCUCACUUCUUCAUGGCUGUUCUCUAUGUGUUCUUGCAUGCAAUUCUCAUAAUGGUUCAAGCAACAACUCUCAAUGUAGCUUUUAACUCACACAACAAAUCACUGCUUACCAUCAUGAUGUCUAACAAUUUUGUUGAAAUUAAAGGAAGUGUUUUCAAGAAGUUUGAAAAGAACAAUCUCUUUCAAAUGUCAAAUAGUGAUAUUAAGGAAAGAUUCACAAAUUAUGUGCUUUUGCUAAUAGUGUGUUUAAGAAACAUGGAACAGUUUUCCUGGAAUCCAGAUCAUCUCUGGGUGCUGUUUCCAGAUGUCUAUAUGGUGGUUGCAUCAGAAAUCGCAGUGGAUAUUGUAAAGCAUGCAUUCAUCACCAAGUUCAAUGACAUUACUGCAGAUGUCUACAGUGAAUAUAGAGCCAGUCUUGCUUUUGAUCUUGUUAGCAGCCGACAGAAAAAUGCAUAUACUGAUUACAGCGACUCUGUAGCACGGAGAAUGGGCUUUAUUCCUCUCCCACUAGCUGUUUUACUCAUCAGAGUCGUAACAAGCUCCAUUAAAGUGCAAGGGAUCCUGUCCUAUGCCUGCGUCAUACUCUUCUAUUUUGGGUUGAUCUCCCUGAAAAUACUUAACAGCAUUGUGCUGUUGGGGAAAUCGUGCCAAUAUGUGAAGGAAGCCAAGAUGGAAGAAAAGCUGUUUAAUCCUCCCCCAACCAGCACUCCAGGCAAAUCAUCCAGCAAAUCGCAGAGCAAAUGUAAAUCCUCACAAGGCCUUUCCACAGAAGAAAACCUGUCUGCUUCAGUCACCAGCCAGCCUGUUCUUCAGAAGGAAAAUGUCACACCAUUACUUGUGACCAGCAAUUCUGAUCAAUUUCUGACGACUCCAGAUGGUGAUGAAAAGGACAUAACACAGGACAGCUCCGAAUUAAAACACAGAUCCUCAAAGAAAGAUUUGCUAGAGAUAGACAGGUUCACAAUCUGUGGAAACCGGAUUGACUGACGCCUGUGGCUUGUAUGCUGAGGCUGCUGGACCCUGGGCAGCACAUGUUGCCGCCUGGACAGACAGGUGCCGGGAUGGCACUUAAAUAUUUAUUUAAAAACUUAAAUUAUUAAUGGCAAGCAAAUCUUAGUCUGUUUCUUCCAGUGAUGUGGUCUGGCUGAAGGUCAGAUCACAGAGCACCGGUGACCUCAGCCUUGACUCUGGGAAGCCGGCGGCGACUGGUGGAGUGGGCCAGGCGGCGGCAGUGGCUGGAGCUCUUUGCCACCUCAGCCUGGGCUUCAAGGGAGCGACGAGCUUGCCCAAGGCCUCUUCAAUGUGUGGAGCUACCUGGGAAACUGUGAAGCUUCUACCGUGAAACACCUUCCACUCACGCUGUUUUCACAAGCAUUUUCCAGCCUUCACCUGCCAAAGCAUCAAAAAAUUAAACAUAAGUCAAGAUAAGUGUCCUCACCACCAGAAUAUCCUAAAGAUACAUCUGAAUCAAAAUAAAAGGCUACCUUAAACGGGACAUAAUGAAUAACAGCAUUUCAUAGAAAUAAUUUUUAAAAGCCCUAUGCCAGUUCAUUUAUUUAAAACAAAAAAAAAAAUUUAAAGUUAUUCACCGCUGAGAAAAUACUUCAUUAUUUUUCAGUUUACUUUCUAAAGCAAAAUGUGAGUUGAGUAAUAUAUAAUUGCAGUGAGUAAGAUAGGAAUUUUAGUACAGAAAGGCAUUUUAUAACUGAAAAAACAACAGUGCUAACUUUAAGGUAUGGUUAACUGGAUUUGCUUUAAAAUUAAUUCUUCAUUGAUUGUUGACAGCUAAAGGAUUGGGUGCUCAUAGGCUGAGAAAUUGUGAGUGUAAGAAAUUCAAAACUGUCAACUUUAACUGGAUUUUGAAAGUAAGUUUUAAAUACUCCAGAUGGAUUGAGCAACAUCCUCUGGCUGGGGCUUACGCUGUGCAGUGCCUUCCUCCUCCCCGGGAUGUCGGCGGGCCCCUGUCCCACAGACCGGUGUCCCGUGUGGGGAGGGAGCAGCAGCAGACGUACACCAGGCAGGGCCUCAUAUGGAAGCCAGCCCCCGUGUUCGGGGUCCGCAGACGCGUGUCCAGCGGGGGCACUAGAGUGUGGAUGACCGGAGCAGCAGCCGCAAGGUGCUUCCAGGUUUCCUUUGUGAUCAGGGUUCCGUUUCUGCUUUGGCACUACUUCACGGCUUGCAUCGCAGGACAAGUUAUUUCUGCCCCAUUUUGUCCUGAGAAUUCUUCCUGCAUUUCUAUAAAAAUUGUUACCGCUCUGGCUUUAGAACUGUCCAGAUGGUGGUACUGUUGGCUUUGGUGUUUGGAGGCUGCAGUCCAGCCUCACACAGCAGGUUCAGGCUCCUCUGUGCAGAAGGCCAGUGUUCAGUGUCGUCAGAUUCCUGGGAAAGUAUACCAAGCUUUCAUGCUUUGGCUUGUUCCUUGGAAAUACAAAAGUGAAUGUUAGCAUUUUGCACCCAUUAAAGAAAUUUAAAGAUUGAUGUCAAAGAGAUUGUACAGAAAUGCCUUGUGAAACCAGGAAAUAUGUUUAAGUUGAAACAUAAGAUUUGAAUUGUUUCAUAUACAUUUCAUUGGACUCCCCCCUCAUUUUAAGUCUACUUUUUUUUUUUUUUUCAUCUCCUUUUCACCAGCAAAAGGAACAGUGUUCAUUGUGAAUAGGAAUAGUUUGGAGAGGGGUUUGCUAGAUACAGCCCUGCUCAGAGCAAGAACAUGGUUCGGGUAUCUCUUUCGGUUCCGCUUGAAUUACCUUGUUACUGGGCUGUUGUUUUCAGGAGACUUUGAUUUCCUUCGCAGAUGCUGUCCGGAGUAUGGGAUGAUACUCACUUCUUCUGUCAUAACGGCAUUCAGUACUAAUUUUAUAAGUGCAUCUUGUGUGAAACUCAAUAAAUUCAAUUUUGUAAUCUUUUUUAAAAA